UGAUUCAAAUUGUCAAUUGAUCUAACCUCAAAGAUUCAAAUGAAUGAAUGAAAUAUUAUUAUGUCGGUUAUUUAAAUAUUAAUAAAAUAUUAAAUAUUAAUUACAAACUAUUAACAAUAUAUUUAGCAAAAUAUAAUUACGAAUUAUCAAAAUAAUAAUUUAAAGUGUUAGUAAUAAUUUUAAAAUGUAACUUAUUUUAACGGAUGUUGUUUUUAGUUGUCAAUUGACUAAUAUGGUUCAAUAUAAAAGCGAUGGACGGUGCGCCGCCAGUCAGUUGAGCUUCGACUACGGAACGGACCACUUCUCAUCAAAGAUGGAUUCUGAAGCGAUUACCAAUCUUCUGAAAGCAAUCCGAGAUGCUGUAUCUACAACCCAACAAAAGGAUGAUGACAUCGCUCUGCCACUAUUUGACCCUGACAAGAAUGAUUGCGGAGCCAAGAGUUGGUGCGACAGUAUUGAAGCUCUCCGUGCCGAUUUGAAGUGGAGCAGUAUCAAGACGGCAGCUAAAGCUGGUAAGGCUCUCAGAGGUUCCGCUGUAACUUGGUUCGAGUCCUGGGAACCAGCAGAAGGCAGAUCUUGGGAAAAGUUUUCUACGGACAUUAUCGAUGCCUAUCCCGAAAAGAAAAACUUAUCCGAGAGACUUAGCAAGGCAGUUUUACAUUCAUCAGACUCUGCUGAUUCUUAUGGCGAGUACGCUAGAGAAAAAAUAAGACUGUAUCGAAAUACAAAAAUUUCUUUCACCGAUGAACAACUCAUUGAAUUAGUUUGCGGUGGAAUAACUGAUGUUGACGUUAGGAUGGCCUCACUCAAUAGCGGCGUCACUACAACUGCUGCCCUAAUAUCUCUCCUCUCAAUUUACUCUAAAUCCAAAAAGAGACCGUUAGAAAGUAGUGAUCCCGGUCCUUCGGGAAUCAAAGUACCCAAACUCGCUGGUGAAAAGAAGUGUUUCACUUGUAAUAAAGUUGGCCAUGUACAGUCAUUUUGCCCUAAAAAUAGGCAAACAUCGGUUCGCAGCUCCACUACUUUCCAAGCCUCACAAUCAUCUAGACCUAAUGAUCCUCGUCCAAUAAUAUGUACAUAUUGUAAAAAGAUAGGUCACACUGAAUCAGUGUGCUAUCAUAAGCAAAGAGCCGAGUCAAAUAAUUCUUCAUCCAUUACCAUAGUACCAAAUAAGGCAGUUAAUUUUUUAGAAAGACCGAACUAAACUUAACUCGUGUCAUAGUUAAUGGAGUACCAAUUGAUUCAUUAAUAGACACAGGAGCCAAUUGUAGUUUAAUAAAAGAAUCAGUAGCAAGACGCUUGGGAUGCCAUUUUUCACCAACAUCAAUUUAUUUAAACGGAAUAGGACCAAAUAAAAUUUAUGUUUUUGCUAUCAUUACCGUGUUUGUCCAAUUCCAAGAAAUUUGUUUAGAAUUAGAUAUACAUGUUGUCAGGGAUAAUGAUUUUCAAUAUAAUUUACUUAUAGGCAGAAACGCUGUUCAGUACCCAGACGUACAGAUUGUUACAGAUUCACUAGGUAGUCAAUUGUUUAGGAAGCCAGUUCAAACCAAGACGGAAGUAAAUGUACUUACUGCUAUAUCAGAAUUAAAUGAAUUAACUUCAAAAAUUGAGCAUCUUGAUUUAGAACUGCAAGAAAAAGUAAGAAAAAUUUUUCAGAAAUAUCCUUCCGUCUUGGAUGAGACUAGUACAGUAAAAACCGGUGAAUUAAAAUUGCGAUUAGUUAAAAAUGAAAUCAUAUAUUAUCGCCCUUAUCGUCUGGCACCGAUUGAGAGGGAGAAGGUUAAUGAGAUAGUUCAAGAACUGUUGAAACAAAACAUAAUUCGGGAAAGUGAUUCUCCUUUUGCAAACCCAGUUAUUUUAGUUAAAAAGAAGGAUGGAAGUGAUAGACUUUGUAUAGAUUAUAGAGCACUAAACAAAAUUUUGGAAAAAGAUCGAUACCCCCUUCCUCUCAUCGAAGACCAGAUAGACAGGCUAGGUAGAGCUAAAUAUUUCAUUUCUAUCGACAUGAAAAACGGAUUUUACCAAAUUCCCGUAGCUUCUGAUUCAAUAAAAUACACUGCUUUCGUGACUCCCGACGGCCAUUACGAAUUUUUGAAAAUGCCGUUUGGCAUCUGUAAUGGACCGUCUGUUUUUCAAAGGGCAAUCACGAAGGCCGUUCAACACUUAAAGUUUUUACUAGUCUAUAUCGAUGACAUUCUUAUUCCAUUUUCAACGAUAGAUGAAGGUCUGUGUUAUUUAAACGAAACUGUCCAAGCACUGUCCCAUGCCGGGUUCACUAUAAAUAUCAAAAAAUGUAAAUUUUUCGUCGAAAGCAUAGAAUAUUUAGGUAGAGUUAUUUCACGAGAAGGUGUUAGGCCAAGUGAGACAAAGGUAGCUGAUCUAGUAAACUCCCCUGUCCCUAGUAACGUAAAACAGGUACGCCAGUUUAUGGGUCUUGCCAGUUAUUUCCGCAAAUUUAUCCCAAAUUUCGCAGCUCGUACUGCUUCCAUAACAAAACUGACUAAAAAUAAUCAAAAGUGGGAGUGGGGAGCCCAACAGGAUGCGGCUAGAGAUUAUGUUAUAAAACAUUUAUCAUCUAAGCCCUUAUUAACUGUGUUUGAUCCUAAGUUUCAAACAGAACUUUAUACAGACGCUAGCUCUCUAGGUUAUGGUGCAAUUCUUGUACAAAAAAUAAAUAAUAAUAAGAAAGUAAUAGCCUACUUCAGCAGACGUACAUCACCUGCAGAAUCUAAAUACUGUUCGUAUGAUUUAGAGACUUUGGCAAUUUUUAAUGCAUUAAAACAUUUUAGGGUUUACCUUCUGGGUAUUAAAUUCAAAAUUUUUACAGAUUGCAAUUCUAUUAAAGCUACAAUGAAUAAGAAAGACUUAACUCCCCGUGUUGCCCGAUGGUGGACCUUUUUACAAGACUUUGAUUUUGAAAUAGUAUAUAAAAAAGGUAAAUACAUAGGCCACGUUGAUUUUCUUAGCCGUAAUCCUGUUGAGAACCCCAGUCCUCUUAAAACUAAUAACAAUGAGACUCAAAGUGAAACUAAGGUUGUUAAUUUAAUUGAAGAUCCACAGUCUUGGUUAGAAAUUGCCCAACAAAACGACCCAGAAACUCAAAAUCUGAUUUCUCAGGUUGUAUCCGGUGAACUAGAUGAAAAUCGAUACUUCUUACAUAAUAAUUUGUUAUUUUAUAAGGUCAGACCCAAUCAAUCAAAGCUGUAUGUUCCUAAAGGCACAAGAUUUAGACUUUUAAGACUUUUUCACGACGAGAACUGUCAUGUAGGAUUUGACAAAACUUUCAAAAAACUUUCUGAAUAUUUUUGGUUUCCUCGCAUGUCCGCUUUCAUUAGAAAAUACCUAAAACACUGCUUAAUAUGUAUCGAACGUAAAGGUCAUUCAGGUCCCAAGCAAGGUUUUUUACAUCCAAUUAAUAAAAGCCCAAUUCCUUUUCACACGAUUCACAUAGACUGUACAGGUCCAUUUACACAAACCAAUGAAGGUUUCAAAUAUAUUCUGCUUAUAGUGGAUGGAUUUACAAAAUUUUGCUUAUUGAAACCUCUCAAAACUCUUAAUGCCCAAGAACUUGUACCCAUUAUAAGAGAAACCAUUACUUUAUUCGGAACUCCAUCAACAGUAAUAACAGAUAGGGGAACUAAUUUCAGCUCCACCCAAAUUCGUUCUUUAUUUAAUGAAUUACAUAUUGAACACCAUAUGAUUUCCACGGGUACACCAAGGGGUAACGGACAAGUGGAACGGUAUGUUAGUACUGUUAUCGACAUGUUAAAUACUACAUGUAAUGGCUCGUCAGACUGGCCAAGCGGGUUGUGGAAAGUACAGCAGUCAAUUAAUACCACUGUCCAGAAAUCUACCGGUUUCACACCAAUCCGUUUGCUCCUUGGUUGUAAUGCUAAUAUUCCGUCCAUCCAAGCUCAUCUAAAUGAUAUUAUUAUUCCCGAAAAUAACUUUGAUGUAAGGGCGGACCGCGAACUAGCUUAUCAGCGUUUAUGUUCAGAGGCCAAUAAAUUCAAAAACCGUUUUGAUGUUGUAAGGCGAGAUAACAAGGUUUUUAAUGUUGGUGACACCGUGUAUGUAAACCAAGACCAUAGGCGUCGUGAUAAGCUAAGUCCCAGGUUCAAGGGUCCUUACGAAAUAAUUGGCAUUCUACCACAUGAUAGGUAUUCUCUUAGAGGAGUAGGUAACCUAAGGAACAUAACCAUAGCUAAAGAUAAAUUGAGAUUAUGGCCAGGUGUAUGGGCUGACGAGAAUAAUGUUUAAAAUUAUAUAGAUUUAAGUUUACAAAUUGUAUUUGUGUCAUAUAGUGAUUAUAAUUAAUGAUUUGUUAAGAGCAAUGGAUGUUUGAUCAUGUUUAAUUAAACUGUUAUUGUUUAAAUAUUUGUUUUCUUUCAACACCACAUGUUAUGAUGAAUGUGAAAUUGGAACUGCUGAAGUUAGUUGUUUUGUUCUAGCCUGUCUCAUGCGCAGCAGGUGUGGGGCUAGAUUAAUGUCUAAAACAACUGACCGUUGUUAUUUCGUCAUCUUAAUGUGAAAAGAUCGACGGUAACAAUGUAAAAAAUGUAUUAGACUAAGUAUUAUGUAUGUUGAUCAUUUCAUGUAAGGUAAUCUGUACUUCGAGAACGAAGUACAUGUCAGUAUGGCCGUGAUAGUAUCUGUAAAAUUAUUUUGAUGUGAUGUGUGUCACGUGAUUCAAAUUGUCAAUUGAUCUAACCUCAAAGAUUCAAAUGAAUGAAUGAAAUAUUAUUAUGUCGGUUAUUUAAAUAUUAAUAAAAUAUUAAAUAUUAAUUACAAACUAUUAACAAUAUAUUUAGCAAAAUAUAAUUACGAAUUAUCAAAAUAAUAAUUUAAAGUGUUAGUAAUAAUUUUAAAAUGUAACUUAUUUUAACGGAUGUUGUUUUUAGUUGUCAAUUGACUAAUAUGGUUCAAUAUAAAAGCGAUGGACGGUGCGCCGCCAGUCAGUUGAGCUUCGACUACGGAACGGACCACUUCUCAUCAAAGUUAAGUUUCUUGUUUUAUUAUUAAUUGAUUAAUUAAUUAAUUGAUUAUGAUAUGAUGACGAUGUGUUUUUUAUGUAUUAUACAAUUAUUAUGUUUUAUGUACAUUAUGUGUUAUGUAUAAAUGGAGAAUGACAACAUCACUUAUGUAGUUGUCUAUUCCCCUUGCCUUGUUAUAAUAAAAAUAUACAGUUAUCAUGUUUCAUGGAAAACAGACCUUGAGACUACAACUAUAUUUAUAUUUAGUAAACAGUAAAUUGCAGAAAUAAAAUAUAUUCAGAUACAUAUUUGUUUCCUAAUUAUUUCAUUUUCCCUGUAGUAAAAUUCAUUAGUCAAAUGAGUAAAACAUUCAAAACAAAGCUUAUAUUGCUGUC